GCUAACAUGGUUGGCCGGUCCAAAACGACCUCGCCCCUUGCCUCGCCCAAAUUUCCAGGACUUGCCCUGGAUCGCCCAAACCUUUUCCCGCAAAAAAGGCAUCGUAUACAAGCUGAGCAGGGCAGAAGCUGAGCACUACAAAGGACACAAUAGCACUGUAUUAGUUAAAGGGCUGCGUUGUAUUUGCCAUUUUUGAACCAUCUUUCAACUUUCUUCAAGGCCAUUGACGAGUAUGACCGCUCUGAAGAUAAAUACUUGCAUUUGGGAUGCGCGCGUCCACGCGCGCAGCUCUCGGUCCAAACCUUUUGUGCUUGGCCGUGUCGGCCCCAACGCCGGCCUCAACCGCCCCGUCAUCUGUGCUGUGCAAGGAAGCCAGCCGUCUGUGGCUGGUGACGGUGACUCGGUCGUCUCCCUGAGCAAGGCUCUGCGAGAGAAGGAAGCCGAGGCCAAGGCGGAGGCGGAGCGGUACAAGAAGGCCAAGGCAGAGGCGGAGCGGUACAAGAAGUAUGUGGGAAUCUACUUCGCCCUCCUUACCACCGCGCUGGUGAUGUAUGGCUCUGCUACUGGGCGUUUCUCGUUCCAGCUGCGCCAGAUCUGUAUCGAAAGCCUGGCCUGGCUUGCGAUUGUGGUGGGUCUGGAUAUCAUGGCCGGUAGCAGCCCGGUGCAGAGCAUCACUACGGCGAUGGGCCUCAUACCGGCCUUCGAGCUCACGCGCAUCCUGGCAAAGGGCAUGUCGCUGAUUGUCGCUGGGCUGGUGUCCUGAGGUGUGGGUUUUGAGAAGAUGCGGUCCGUUGGCUAUAAUGUUGACAGACCACCCGCUCCCUUACUGACGCAGUUGACGCGUUUGAUAGCAGGAUCAUAGUACGGGACCAGUUCCCCUACCAACUGGUCCCGUAACCACUAUGAUCCUGCUAUCAAAGGCGUCAACUACGUCAAUAAGGCAGCGGGUGGUCAAUAUACAUUAUUGCCAACGGACCGGUUCUCCUCAAAUGUCACGUCGGUAUGCGGGUUUGCAUGUCGGGUUGCCAACUUCGCGUGUGCGUGUUGCGUGUUGCGUUUUGCGUUUUUCAAGCACACACACGCGAACAUGACUUUGUAACUUGUGCCACACAUUGGUCGAGUGUUUGUGGGGUGCUGCCCCCUGAAUGUUGGCUUCUACAGGGAUGGUGUGGCUGCUUGUAUUGCAGCGGUGAAAGGUGCAUUAAUAGACCCACGGUAGUGUACUUGUGCUGACGUGAUAGGGUACGGCAGCUACGUGUUGGGGAAGGUGCUCCGAGGUACUCUUCAGCGCUGUUACGUGCCUAUGGCGGGUUUAUUACUGUCUUGACAAAGGAAACAACAUAAGAGUGCGCGACAAGAGACAACAGGGUUGACGAUACCAUAAGGGCGUAACAUGGUUUUGUGUGGUAUUUAAUCGUUGACAGAGUUGUUUCCAAGUAUCUGGUGUCCAGUAAAGAACAGUGCUUCUGCAAGAGACUGCGGCGAACUGUAAGGAUUAAAAGUA